UCUCUCUUGCUCUGCGCACAGACAAAAAAGAUAGCAGCAAGCAGCAGCUCAGAGAGAGAGAGAGAGAGAGAGAGAAAAAGACUCUUCUUUUCUUCUUCUUCUCUUUCUCUUCUCAUAUGGGUCUUCAAUCUUUCUCUCCAUCUCUUUCUAAAAUCCCAACUUUCUGAUUCAGGAGUCAAAAAAGUGUGCUUUUAUUAAGAACAUUCAACAUAACCAUGUAAAAUCUUCAACUUUAUAGAGGUUCAUGUUUUUGUAAGUGAAAAAUGGGGUGUGUAGUUGGGAAAGAGAAGAGGCCAUUGAGCUCCGAGAAGAAGAAGAAUAAGAAGGAUUUACCUGUUUCUUCUUCAAUAGUGGGUAGAAAAGAGAAAGUUCAGAAUGAUGAUGAAGAUCAAUAUCAGAAAGAUGAUUCAACAACAAAAGAAGACGGAACUAUGCAGCCAAGGAGAUUUAAACCCAAUCCAAGAAAUAGUAACCCGCCAAACAAUAUUCACGGCGAGCAAGUCGCCGCCGGUUGGCCUUCUUGGCUAUCUGAAGUCGCCGGCGAAGCAAUCAACGGUUUAACGCCUCGAAGAGCAGAUACUUUCGAGAAACUUGAUAAGAUUGGGCAAGGAACCUAUAGUAAUGUGUAUAAAGCUAGAGACAAUAUAACUGGAAAAAUUGUAGCUCUGAAAAAGGUUCGAUUUGAUAAUGCUGAACCGGAAAGUGUAAGAUUCAUGGCUCGUGAGAUUCUGAUUCUUCGAAGGUUAGAUCAUCCGAAUGUCGUCAAAUUGGAAGGAUUAGUCACUUCCAGAAUGUCCUGUAGUUUAUACCUUGUUUUCGAAUAUAUGGAACACGAUUUAGCUGGACUUGCAUCAAACUCAGCUAUCAAAUUCACAGAAUCUCAGGUGAAGUGUUACAUGAAUCAGCUAUUGUCUGGGCUGGAACAUUGCCACAAACGAUACGUUCUUCAUCGCGAUAUUAAAGGAUCGAAUCUACUAAUUGAUAACGAUGGUGUUCUUAAGAUUGCGGAUUUUGGGCUGGCCACUUAUUUCGAUCCUCAUCAUCGACAGCCAAUGACGAGUAGAGUUGUUACUCUGUGGUAUCGCCCGCCGGAGCUUCUCUUGGGGGCUACUGAAUAUGGUGUUGGUGUGGACUUAUGGAGCUCCGGUUGCAUUCUCGCCGAGCUUUUGGCUCGUAAACCUAUCUUGCCCGGUCGAACUGAGGUCGAACAGCUGCACAAGAUAUUCAAGCUUUGUGGGUCGCCUUCUGAAGAAUACUGGAAAAAGUCGAAACUGCCACACGCAACCAUAUUCAAGCCUCAACAUGCGUACAAACGAUGCAUUUCCGAGAUGUUUAAGGAUUUUCCAUCAUCGUCAUUGUCGUUAAUCGAUACCCUUCUCUCGAUUGAUCCUUCUGAUCGUCGAACAGCCUCAGCAGCUUUGAGGAGCGAAUUUUUCACUACUAAACCGCAUGCUUGCGAUCCAUCCACGCUUCCAAAGUACCCUCCUUGUAAGGAAAUGGAUGCUAAACGGCGAGAGGAAGAAGCAAGAAGGUUAAGAGCUGCCGGAAAAGUCCUUGGUGGUGAUGUGGCAAAGAAAAACAGAAACCGCGAUCGAUCAGCUGCUGCAAAAGCGGUUCCUGCUCCGGAAGCCAAUGCCGAGUUACAAGCCAAUAUAGAUAAACGGCGAAUGAUAACACACUCAAAUGCGAAGAGCAAGAGCGAAAAGUUCCCUCCUCCACACGAGGAUGGAAAGCUUGGAUAUCCUAUAGAAGAUUCAAACAAAAUUGAGGUGCCUAUUGUAUCGUUCAGCUCGACAAACUUCUCGCUGACAAAAGCCUCGGUUCAGACUUGGUCUGGUCCUUUGAUGGAUCCUGGAGCAAUAGGGGCUCCGAAAAGGAAGAAACAUAAGGAGAAGAACUCGGCUCGGAUAAGGGAUAAAGACAUCUCAUAAGCUGCUGCACGAAAUCGAGUGGAUCCAUCCAAUGUUGUUUUUGUUAUAUUGCAAUUUUCAUUCCAUUAGAAGAAGAAUAGAAUUCAUUUGUUCAGUAAUAAAUAAUAAUAGUGUAUUUUUGAUUGACAUUAUUUCUAUCUCUUUUG